GGCUCAUCAUAGGGGAGCCCAUAUUAGGGAACGACUUUGACGACCAAUUCUCAUUGAAGUUUUGCUGUUCGUUAAUCCUUUUCUAGCACACUUCUGCUGCCACCAUGUCGUGCCUCGCGCGGUUAGUUCGACGGCUCAACGCUCAGAUAAACGCCCCCGGCUACGAAAACACCGACGAUGAGACCAUCUUCAGACUUACAGGCCGAACAUCCCGAAACGAACAUUUCGAUGCAAGAAGUUGGCCAACGGCAUGGAUUGGGCUCGGAGAUAAGCCCUCCGUUGACCCCUCGGACGCAGCCGCCGGAUUACUCUGACGAGGGCGUACCUUCUGUGUAUCAGGCGGCGAGUUACAAAACCCCGAAGAUCAAGAUAAACAAAACCGUCGUCGUACGGAUUCUGGCAUCUUUAUUCAUCACGACCAUCGUGGCAGUCAUUGUCGCAGCAGUAGUCGGAAAGAUCCAUGCUGGAAAGUCACCGGGACAGCCAGUCGAGGCACAGAAAACAUCAGCGAAUGCGACAGAAACAGAAGCUUGGACAACACUCACCAUCACUACGACCCUGACAAUAACAAAUCGUGGGAAAGGUCGUCAACUUCAGGUCAAAACAACGUCGGCGCCUCGCCCGUUAGCCAUUCCAACCCACGCACAUGUCAUCUUCGACUGUCCCUCGUUCGCACAAGCCACGCCGACUCUCGCAGCAAGGAACGAGCACUUGAUAUUAGGGCCCAUCUGCGAUACCCUAGACCCAGAGAAAAACGAACAGGACAACAUUCUCGGGGUGGAGACGUAUUCGCAUCAGAACUGUCUCUUGGCGCGAGUAUCAUAUCUGAGUUGUGGGUGGGAGUUGAACUACCGAUGUACCGCAUCGUGUCAUUCUGUCAAGACAGAGAGAGGAAAAGCGGGUGAGAUUUUGGUGGACGACUGGGAAUGGGACGCUGGUUGAGUCAUGAUACUUGAGCCAUGAUUCGUGUAAGAGAAGGUGUUUGCUAGCGUUUAGGACAUAUGUUGUUUGUGAGCCAGUUAGAUUUCAACUUUUCAAUCAAGUAUGAAUACUUGGCACAAACGGGGCUUUAGAAUGACCUCCGAAACAUGAUUGAUAAAAACAAUCGUCUAAAACUGGAGGUAGGUAGGGGGAGAGACAAGUAAAUCCGCG